UAGUAAAAAAUCUCGCGGAUUUUCGCUUGGCUACGAGAAAAAUUCGAGAACUUCGACCUUUUCGGCCGUAGUUCUAAUCACUGGUCCAAGAUGGCGGUGUUUAGCGCAGGAGCCAAGAUCAUCAAGCCAUCAGGCGAGAAAGCCGAUGAAUUUGAACUCUCCAUCUCACAGGCCCUUCUGGAACUAGAGAUCAACUCCGAGCUCAAGAGUCAACUGAGGGAGCUCUUCAUCACAGGAGCAAAGGAUAUUGACGUCGGUGGGAACAAGAAGGCCAUUGUCAUCUUUGUGCCCGUUCCCCAGCUCAGGGCCUUCCAGAAAGUCCAGAGCAGACUGGUCCGAGAACUGGAGAAGAAGUUCAGCGGCAAGCAUGUCGUCUUUGUUGCUCAGAGACGCAUCCUCCCCAAACCCACGCGCAAGUCCAGAACGAAGAACAAGCAGAAGCGUCCCCGCAGCAGGACACUGACCGCCGUCCACGACGCCAUCCUGGAGGACCUGGUCUUCCCCUCGGAGAUCGUCGGCAAGAGGAUCCGGGUCAAGCUGGACGGAACCAGAAUCAUCAAGGUGCACCUCGACAAGAGCCAACAGAUCCAGGUGGACUACAAGACGGACACCUUCAGCGCAGUCUACAAGAAGCUGACUGGCAAAGAUGUCCUCUUUGAGUUCCCUGACUGGAAUCUGUAAAGACCUAGUGGUGCAAUGUUUAACGGAACAUGGAUACACUGUGGGAGAGGAGACAAUCUACAAAAGCGCACCGGCCAGAUACAGGACCCGAUAAAGAGUCAAGAAAGCGGCCUAAAUAUUUCUUCACAUUAGCUUAAAUGCUGACUGGAAAGGUCUAAUUAAAGUUGUAUAGACAAAGUUGUCUCUGGAGACGAUA